UCUAGAUUUUCUUCUUCCUUUACCCAGCACCCCUUGCGCAGUGGCGCUUUCCCGUUCAGCCCCGCCUCCAUCCUUUACUGAGGAAGGCGAGAGUUGAGAGCCGUUGAGCCGCCAUUUUAUUCCUUGGACUAGCAGUGGUGGCGUGGAGGGGUAAUUAGUGGGCUACCUAGUUGCCUGGCUAGGCGUCCAGAUAUUCUACGAGGGGAAGGAGGAAGGGGUGGGUUAAGAAGUGUGUAUAUAAAUAUCCGAGGCUGCUUCUUCCCACCCCCUUUGGGGGCCUGUUUUAACCUGCUAUGUCUGGAGAAGCUCCCGCCGGCGACCAGGCUGCUGAAUAUGUCCCAGAAAAAGUAAAGAAAGCUGAAAAGAAACUAGAAGAGAAUCCAUAUGACCUUGACGCUUGGAGCAUUCUCAUUCGAGAGGCACAGAAUCAACCUAUAGACAAAGCACGGAAGACCUAUGAACGCCUUGUUGCCCAGUUCCCAAGUUCUGGCAGAUUCUGGAAACUGUACAUUGAAGCUGAGAUAAAAGCAAAAAACUAUGACAAAGUAGAAAAGCUGUUUCAACGUUGCCUUAUGAAAGUUUUACACAUUGACUUAUGGAAGUGCUACCUUUCAUAUGUGCGAGAAACCAAAGGGAAGCUACCUAGCUAUAAAGAAAAAAUGGCUCAGGCAUAUGACUUUGCUCUGGAUAAAAUUGGCAUGGAAAUAAUGUCAUACCAGAUCUGGGUGGAUUACAUCAAUUUUUUGAAAGGCGUUGAAGCAGUAGGAUCCUAUGCAGAAAACCAGAGGAUAACCGCUGUACGCAGGGUAUAUCAGCGAGGCUGUGUGAACCCAAUGAUCAACAUUGAGCAACUCUGGCGAGAUUAUAACAAGUAUGAAGAGGGAAUAAAUAUCCACUUAGCUAAGAAAAUGAUUGAAGAUCGCAGUAGAGAUUAUAUGAAUGCUAGACGUGUGGCUAAGGAAUAUGAAACGGUGAUGAAAGGUCUGGACCGCAAUGCUCCCUCUGUCCCACCCCAAAACACUCCCCAAGAGGCUCAGCAGGUAGACAUGUGGAAGAAAUACAUUCAAUGGGAAAAGAGUAACCCUCUACGUACUGAAGACCAAACCCUUAUAACAAAGAGAGUAAUGUUUGCAUAUGAGCAAUGCCUCUUGGUGCUGGGACAUCAUCCGGAUAUCUGGUACGAAGCUGCGCAAUAUCUUGAGCAAUCCAGCAAGCUGCUAGCUGAGAAAGGGGACAUGAACAAUGCUAAACUGUUCAGUGAUGAAGCUGCAAAUAUUUAUGAAAGAGCAAUCAGCACUUUACUAAAAAAGAACAUGCUUCUUUAUUUUGCAUAUGCAGAUUAUGAAGAGAGUCGGAUGAAAUAUGAGAAGGUGCACAGCAUAUAUAAUCGGCUCUUGGCUAUUGAAGAUAUUGAUCCCACUUUGGUAUACAUUCAGUAUAUGAAGUUUGCAAGGCGAGCAGAAGGCAUAAAAUCAGGCAGAAUGAUAUUUAAGAAGGCACGAGAGGAUGCCCGGACCCGUCAUCAUGUCUAUGUCACAGCUGCUCUGAUGGAGUAUUAUUGCAGCAAGGACAAGUCAGUGGCCUUUAAGAUUUUUGAGUUGGGGCUAAAGAAAUAUGGAGACAUUCCAGAAUAUGUCUUGGCAUAUAUUGAUUAUCUGUCUCAUCUAAACGAGGAUAAUAAUACAAGAGUCCUGUUUGAACGCGUAUUAACCUCAGGGAGCCUCCCACCUGAGAAAUCUGGAGAGAUAUGGGCCCGAUUUUUGGCUUUUGAAAGUAAUAUUGGUGACUUGGCUAGUAUACUGAAAGUGGAGAAACGGAGAUUUACAGCCUUCAAAGAGGAAUAUGAGGGCAAAGAAACAGCUUUGCUAGUAGACCGAUACAAGUUUAUGGAUUUGUACCCCUGUUCUGCCAGUGAACUCAAGGCUCUUGGUUAUAAGGAUGUGUCUCGGGCAAAGCUAGCAACCAUAAUUCCAGAUCCUGUUGUGGCUCCUUCAAUAGCGCCUGUACUAAAAGAUGAAGUGGACAGGAAGCCAGAAUAUCCAAAACCAGAUACCCAGCAGAUGAUUCCAUUUCAGCCAAGACAUUUAGCACCUCCGGGUUUGCACCCAGUCCCUGGUGGUGUCUUUCCAGUCCCGCCUGCUGCUGUAGUUCUAAUGAAGCUUCUCCCACCUCCUGUGUGUUUUCAGGGCCCAUUUGUGCAAGUGGAUGAACUCAUGGAUAUUGUCAGGAGAUGCAAACUCCCAGAGACUGUGGAUGAAGCUGUAAGGAUCAUUACUGGAGCACUGCCUGACUUAACAAUGGAAGGGAAUGGACCUUUGGAAAAUAAUACCCUUCUCAAUAAAUCUGUCAAAAGACCAAAUGAAGAUUCAGAUGAUGAUGAAGAAAAAGGAUCAGUGGUUCCUCCCAUUCAUGACAUUUACAGAGCACGACAGCAAAAGCGAAUCCGAUGAGACAUAUUGCAAUUGCAAUGGUGAAAAAUAAAGGACUUCUAACAUUUUUUCCUUCUACAAAUCAAAUGUUUAAAAGGGAUUGAAGUUUCUAACAUGCAUCUUGCAACAGACGUUGCUUUGUUACUGUGGUGCCUCUUUUUUACAGCCGGUUCUUCAUCAGAAAAGAAAAAAGGCAGAUGAAUCUUAGAACAAGCAAAUAUGAGCUCUGGCAGAAAUUCCAGGUUUUUGAACACAGUGUGCAAAAUUUCUGAAUUGCAUUUGGUUGCUCUUCUAAUGUAUUGCCAUCUACCACAUGGAAUCUGGUGGAGGUUCUGACAGUUUUAUUUUAAAAACUGGACGGCAUAUAAUUGUGAAAUACUUUAAAUUCACACUGCUGGAAAACAAACAGUUGUUCUCAGUUUGCUGAUGUAGUGUCUGUCCUGCCUUAUUCUUUGUUUUUAUUUAUGGCAGAGUGAAUGGAAGCUGUUUUUGUAGUUUAAAAUGGAAAAACAUUCCUUUCCAAUAAAGGAUCUCCA